AUGCCUACUCCAGAAUCCGCCGCUUUCCUCGCCAAAAAACCCACAGUACCGCCGACAUACGAUGGCGUGAACUUUGAAGACACAGAGGCCCUCCACAACGCCCGCGAUGCGAUCAUCCGCGAGCAAUGGGUGCGCAGCAUGAUGUCGCGACUGGUCGGCCAAGAAUUGGGCAAGUGCUAUCGAAGAGAAGGCGUGAAUCAUCUGGAGAAAUGCGGCAAGUUAAGAGACAAAUAUUUCGAGCUGCUCGGGGAACGAAAGGUUAAGGGCUAUCUGUUCCAGGAGAAGAACUACUUUACAACGGAGGGAGAAAAGUCGUCAUGA